ACUGUCCCAAGAUGAUCACAAUGAACCCUUCCGCUCUAGGAGCCCGCCAGCGCCUUUCAAGCUAAGCGAAGCCGCCCUUUACGAAGGGGGUUACCAGCGAACACGAGCGCAACGCUGGUAUAAUACGGAAAGCAAUCUCUGAGUUUUGGAUUGCAUCAUCUUCAGAACCAUUAACUUACAUUGCUCUUUUCAAAAUCUACUGCAAGAAUUCAAGCCCCUCCGCAAUGUCUCGUGACAACAAUGCGUUCAUCGCCUCUGGCUCAGACCUGAUGCGUAGGGCGAUGCAAAACCGAAGGUUGAUUCCUGACGUUCCGCACCUCAAGCCGAUGCUCGACCAACUGCCGGCUGGUUCAAUUGUAUGUGAAGUUGGCUGUGGUCCAGGAGGUAUUACGCUCGAUAUCGCGCAGCUGUACCCGCACAUUACCGUUCUUGGAAUGGACGUUGACGAGGAGUCCAUAAAGCUGGCACAAGAAGCCAAAGACAAGGCCGGAACGACCAAUGUUCGAUACGCGCACGGCGAUGCUUGCGACCUGGAGAAGCUUGUCACCGUCGAAGGAUUUGAAGCAUUGAAUGGUGGAUGUGAUGUGGUAUACAGCCAUGCAGCCAUCAUGCACACGGGCGACCAACCCGCCGCCAUAAGCCAGAUGCGAAAAGCCGCCAAACCUAAUGGCACCAUCUCCCUCAAAGAGGGUGACAUGGGCUUGUUCUUCGCAUAUCCUGAAAAUCCAGGCAUGAAGAGGUGGCUCGAGACGUUCCCGACGCUGAGCCUAGGCAAGGGUGCAGAUCCGUACAUUGGCCGCAAGCUGGUGUCUCUUGUGCUAGGUGCGGGAUUCACGCACAGCCAGCUCAAAGACGUGUCGAUGCAUGGGCAGAUGCAGUGGCGACCACAGGUCAAGUCUGGGUUGGUGAAGGGGUUUGGGCAGAUUGUCCGACAAUCGGGGCUAGGAGAGGACGACAAGCAGCUGAUUGUUGAGGGGUUGGAGGAGUGGAGUAAGUACGAAGAUGGGGUUGUGAGCUUUCCUGGUGUGAUUGUAACGGCUGUCAAGGAGGUCUAGCAAAAGAUUCGGUCCGUGACAUUGUUUGUGUACAGCAUGAGCGUCAGUGCCGAGCAGAGCACACGUGACCGUAAUCCAGCCGUGGAAAUUGUUAUAUAGAGGGCACGGACGCCCUUAAUCUCGUCGCCAUACUGUCACUUUGUCUACCAAUCCUUGCCCAACGGUAAAGCGAUUGCCGUUGUGUUGUCAAAGUUGAACGAUGAAUCCACUCGAGAGAUUGCGGUCGUUGGAUUGCAGCGUUGACAGAGCGCGGCGGCUUCCGGGUUUGUUUCUUCGCAUGAUAAACGUCAUAUUACUCGGUAUAAGCACAAUGACUCUCUUUGGAAGCUUAGUCG